CUAUCAGUCAAAAACCGCAACCCGGAAAAAAUCUUGUCGAUCGGAUGUGUUUUUGGAAAACCAUUUGCCAUUCGUAACUACUCGGUCAUUUCCAUUACAAAAAAUUCGGGAAAACAUGGAGGUAGACAGUACAUGUACCUCUCCCUCGAUUUCUCGAUUUUCAGCGAAAAAAAGACAUGCUUCUGUUGAUGUUUUUAGCGCAAAAAGAAGAAAACGUGUGUCUACUUCCAGAGAUGCUGAUGACAUGUGUAAGAGCGAUUGUUCUAGGUCCACCAGUUCUUUUGGAAAAAUGCAGGUGUCGAACUGGACUCUACAGCGGGCAGAGAUGUAUGGCUUGUGUUUUAACUCGGAAUCGUCAGAAAUUUCAAAAUUUUACGAAUUAUUUACAAAGAAGAAAAGUGGAUUUAAGUACCCACUAGAGGAGGAUAGAAAACAUAUUUUGGAUUCUUUGAUAAGUCAAACCGAUAAAAUCGACAGACCGGGUGUGACAUUAAAGGAGGGCGAAAAGUGGAGGACGUGGGUCAGAUAUCGCAGUGUCUUUGAAAAGUGCGAAAAAACACUGAAGUCAAUAGAUAACGAAUUGGAUUGCCAUAAAAAAAAUUCCAAGUUACUUGUCCUAAGUCAAUCUGCCUUACGACGGUUUUAUAUGUUUCUGAAAGAAUUCCUCAUCCAAAGUGAUCGAAACUUUGCAAAUGAACAAUCCAUUACUGGGCAGUCAUACAUAGACUUGUGCUGUAAAUUUUUAGAGAUUUUUUUGCUGAAUGUAAGGUCUGGUUCUAUGGAAAAGUCAGUAAUGAUGAUUAGAGGUCUUAGGAAUUUAAGUGUUCCAGAUCUGCGUGUAACAUUGCCUGUAGCCACCAUCAGCUCAAUUGGAAGGAGUUCUAGUGUUGUCGUUAUUAGAGUGGUGGAGGUAAAGCCAGAUUAUGAUGAAAAAGAUCAUAAAGAGGGAUUUCAAAUCACUAGAGCAGUUACGAAUAAAAUCUUGGGACAACAUGCUGGUGAAUUAUUGUUAGAUUUGAAGACGUCUCUCCUUGCAGAAAUUGGUGUCAUUUUUGGAAUCUUAUGCAUGAAAACAUCUCUGAUAUUUACCUGUUUGAAAAUGUCUUGGAAGCAUUAUGAAUCGAUAAAAAAGUAUGGAGAGGAUGUUACAAUAAAAGGAAUGUCUUUUGAUGAUGACGAUGAGGAGGAGGAUGACGAUGAGAAGGAGGAGGGGAGAUGUGAAAAGGAGAAAUGUGAACAGGAUAAAGAUGAAAAACAAAAUCACAAAGAAAAAGCAAAGGAACUUAAACAAAAUAAAGCAGAAAGAGAUCAAAAAAAGGAGGAAAGUACCAAUGACAGGAGUGGAACUAUAUUCUAUACAAGACCAUAUAAUUACCUUGUGAAAGAAGACAGGGGUCAAAUUAUGGAAUUUUUGUUUUGGUUAGGGGUGCAAUUAGAAACAAUUGAACAUUUCUAAGCAUUAAGGUGAACUGUAGAACUGCUCUUUGGGGGAACAAAUUAAAUACAUUAAGGUGAAA